AAAAAAGUAAAUAUUUACAUGAUACGUGAAAAUAUUAUGUAUUUUCAGUGAUAACAAAUUUAUAUAUAAUUCAUGAUUUGUCUGAAACGUGUAGAAAGCUGUUUUUAUUUCAAGACAUGUAGAGAAUAUGUCAAUUCUAUGUCAUUAGUAUGUAUUUAUUUGAAAGCAACUGAGUGCACAAACCACUUAUAAAAAGUAUAUAAAUCAUGGAUGACAAAUGCACAAUAACAAAGCUUCCUCAUCACGUUCAGCAGAAAUUGUGUCAUACACGACCACCUUACAGGCAAGGAAAGAGAUUAACAUCCGUGAAGGUUUAUACAAUAAACGAUGAAUCAAUACAUUUGAUGAUAUGUGGAGUACCUAAACUUCAAUUAGGUGAAGAAAUAAAGAAACUUAUUGAACCAUAUGGAUGUAUUAAACAAAUACACAUAAUACCUGAAUAUCCUACAGAAGAAUUUACAGAAGCUUAUUAUGUAAAAUAUGCUCGUAUACAGAGUGCAAGAAUAGCUAAACGUUUCAUUGAUGGUAAAAAUUUUUAUGGAGGUUCACUACAUGUUUUUUACGUACCUGAGCUUGAAACUUUAACAGAAACUAAAGCCAAACUGACUCAACGCCGUAGAGAUGUACUUAUUCGUAUAAAGAAAAAUCAACAAGAUGCAAAAGAUCCAAAUAUUGACAAAUUUAUUCCUAAAAAACAAUUUCAUAGAAAAAAAAGAACACCAGCAUUACCACUUACAGAAGAACGUCUAACUCAACAUUAUCCUGGAGAAACAUUAUCAUCUAUUUAUAACGGUAUACCACAAAAUAUAGAUCCAAGACCAAUAUCUGAACCCAGUCUACCUUCAACAUCAUAUAAUCAUCAAGAAGAUGCAAUUGCAACUGCUCCGUAUCAUUUGACCGAAACUAUUAUUAAAACAGCUAAAUUUAAAGAAACUGUAAUAAAGUCUGAUUAUACAAGAAAUAAAAGAAAAAAUUAUAAGGGACAAUCUGUUAAUGAUAAUGUCAAAGUUAAAAUUGUUAGACCUCAGCUUAUAGACACAAGUGCUAUAGUAAAGUGGGAUACUUCAACUAAAAAUCUAUUUUCCAAUCCUAGAAAGAUUGAAAAUAAUAUCACUAUUAAGUUAAUGUCAAACAGUAAUGAUAAGAAGAAAAUUGUAAUUAAAAAUCCGAGUGUGUCUCAUUUGGUACAACCAAGCGAAGAUCUUCAACUCUCAAUCAAAGAAGCUAAGUCUCAGGUUACUGUUGCUGAAAAUCAAGUGUUUAAAGUUAAACAUUAUUGACACUGUUCUAAUUGUUAUUUUUACAAUAAAUAAAAGUUC